AGAAGGUAAACGGUUUCCGUUGCGAGACGUAAUAAAUACACGCCAGGUGCCUGCAGUUUGGUUUACCUGAGUGAGGUGCGCUUGGAGCACCAAUAUUGGACAUUUGACACCUGAGAGGACUGCAACACUAUUCCUGUGGGUGAUUGAAAAGGGGACAUCGACAAUGAUACUAUUUUUCAUACUUGCAGUUUUCUCCUCUGCCAGAGGCCUACAGGUGGCCAUUGGACAACCUACAUAUGAGGUUGCGCGAGGCGAUGAUGUCACCCUGGUGUGUAGUUUCAUUCCUGCUGCACAAUCCACCCCCUCCACAUUGGUUAUCGUCACAUGGUCCAUGGAGGCUGAUAGCCCUGUUGAUCCGAAGAUUGUUAUUGCCACAUUCUACUCUAUCAACAAUCAAGUGGACAUCAAGCCUUCCUAUAAAGACCGAGCAGAGAUGACCCAUGACAUCACUGGAGGGCGGAGCACCCUGACCCUCCGCAAGGUGUCCAUGCAGGAGAACAGGCUGUGGCAGUGCAGGGUGCAGAUCCCUGGAGACGAGGAGGGGACGCCUUCCGCCACCACCGAACUAGUGGUCCUUGUGGCUCCCUCCGUGCCCGUCGUCAGCGUACAGGGCGAAGCAGAGUACUGGAACAACAUCAACCUGACCUGUGUGUCUGAGGAGGGCUCUCCUGCCCCGACCUAUAGCUGGAAAACAAACGAUGUCAGGAAUACUCCCAGAGUAUUCCCACCGAGGACCACGGAGAAGAAUGGUGUUCUAUCUCUGUUUAAUAUCUCCAUGGAGACUUCCGGUUUCUUCAUCUGCACCGCGACCAACCAGGUCCGAUCUGCCAGCUCAAACUUCACCCUCACUGUCAUGCCCCCCUCCAUGAAGGUCGGGUCCACAGCAGCCAUCAUUGGAGGGGUCGUAGCUGGGGUCCUGGUCCUGGGGAUUGUCAUAUACUGCUGCAGGAAGAAGAGGAACAAAUCUAAACAGGAGAAUGUUCAAGGAGUUCCAGAAGUGGUGAAGUUCCAUGACACGCCGACACUCAACGUUGGGGCAGGUUACCGGGACGACAUACCGGAAGACAGGACUGAGGGGAGCAUCGUGCUGCAUGACCAAUACGAGACGCAAGGGGAGAUGGAUCACGAUGACCAAAGUGUUAGAACAGAUUGCAGUGAUGGCCGUAAGGAGAAGUCUGAUGACAACCGCAACAACUAUGGAGAUCAGCGCGAUCGCUAUGGUGGCAGCCGCGAUCGCCUCGACGACCAGCGCGAUCGCUAUGGUGGCAGCCGCGAUCGCCUCGACGAUCAGCGUGUUCGAUAUGGUGGCAGUCGUGAUCGCCUUGACGACCCACCUGUUCGCUUUAGUGGCAGCCGCGAUCGCCUUGACGACCCACCUGUUCGCUAUGGUGGCAGCCGUGAUCGUCUUGACGACCCGCCUGUUGUUCGCUAUGGUGGCAGCCGUGAUCGUCUUGACGACCCGCCUGUUGUUCGCCAUGGUGGCAGCCGUGACCGCCUUGACGACCCGCCUGUUGUUCGCCAUGGUGGCAGCCGUGACCGCCUUGACGACCCACCUGUUGUUCGCCAUGGUGGCAGCCGUGAUCGCCUCGACGACCCGCCUGUUCGCCAUGGUGGCAGCCGUGAUCGUCUUGACGACCCGCCUGUUGUUCGCCAUGGUGGCAGCCGUGAUCGCCUCGAUGACCCGCCUGUUCGCCAUGGUGGCAGCCGUGACCGCCUUAAUGACCAGCAUGAUCGGUACAAUGACCAGUACGACGAAUCAUAAGAUGACCAACAUGUCCUAUUUCCAGGUUGUCCAAGGGAAUUACAGCCAUCCUCCUCAAUGCUAAUCUGCUGGUACAGGGAGCCUACUUCAGUAGUAUCCCAUGCUGGUGCACUACCCUAUAAUUUCCCCUUUGAUUCUAAUGCCUCACAAACAAUCAUUCAUGUUACUCCAUUUCCAGGCUGUUGUUAACUGCCCAAGGUGCUCAGUAAUUUGGACAUUUACUCAAUCAAAAUAAUACCAGAUCUUGGUGCACUUGAUAACCGGAAUUUGGAAAAUACAAAAAAUGAUUUUAUUUGAUAGACAAACUAGGCCUAGACUUGGUCUUGGUAUUUGAUGAGCAUCCCCAUUAACUGUUGCAAAAGCAGCAGCUACUCUUUCUGGAGUCCACAAGAACAGCUCAAUAGACAAGAACAGCUCAAUAGACAAGAACAGCUCAAUAGACAAGAACAGCUCAAUAGACAAGAACAGCUCAAU